GCUUACCCCGCACUCACUCUACUCACUCAACUAAUCCGCCAUGUCUGCCGCAGCUGAUAAAUUUCUCGACCCCUACACCGCCAAGGCGGAAAAGAACAACCUCACUCCCCAGCAGAAGAUCGACGGUCUUCAUGCCAUCAUCAAGGCCGCCGGAACUGGCAUGCUCGUCACCAGGUCGUCCGACGGCCACCUGCACUCGCGGGCCAUGACACCAGCUGGUCCCGUGAGCCCAUCCCAGACCACUUUGAUCUUCAUCGCGAACAACGCCAGCCAUAAGUUCGACGAAAUCCAGAAUGACUCGCACGUUAAUGUCAGCUUCUACGACAGCAAGACUACAGAUUGGGUUAGCGUUGCCGGCAUCGCGAAGCUCUCGCAGGACAAGGCUCUGAUCAAGAAACACUGGUCGUCCACUAUUGCGGCGUAUUUCGGAGACCUGAAGGAUGGUGUCCACAAGGGAAAUGAGGAAGACCCACGUGUAUCCGUCAUCGAAGUCGUCCCAGAGGAUAUUCGGUACUGGAAGUCGACGGAGUCAUCAAUUGCGCGCGGGAUCGAAACUGCGAUUGACGCUGCCACUGGGCGCGUGGCUGUUCCUGGGGAGCUCAUCGCAAUCACCAAGCAAGAGAUCCAGCUGACCCAGAGUGUCAACAGCACAUAAUAGGGCGAUGUAUUGGAAAAAAAAAUGUAUUGCAGGAAAGAUCGUAGCCACUAAAUGUCAAUGUAACAAUAAUGUAUGAGUACGACGGAUACUCCUAUAUGCCCUAACCUCGG